CCUGCACAAACCAGCAGCUGCGAGAUUUCUAGCUAUCAUUAGCAUAAUGGCAAACUAUUUCAAAAUACUAAACUCUGCCUAUGUUGGUAUUGGGUCGUUUAUUUUCUUUCGGCAAGUAGAUAAGGCGUUUCAUCUCAGUAACUAUGUGCGUGAACUACGGGUACUAUACUUUAUUUCUCAGUUGAUCAUUUUCGGUAUCAAUCUCCUUAUUAUUCGCAAAAUCAGACAGAUAAAUGGUAAGGUUUAUUUGUGCUCUUUAAUAAUUAUAUGCACUUACUACCAUAAAGGCUCAUAAUGAAUUAGAUACCACUACCUUAAUAUACGU